AUGCAAAGGCAGUGUCAGCACACUUGGUACCUAGAAAAAGUUAAUGAGCUUGCAAACGCCUUAAACAAAGUCACCAAUGAAAACAUUGAUGUUGAUGAUGUCAAACCUACACUGAAAGGCCUGGGGAUUUAUUUGCCAGAGGAAGAAUUACAGGAGGCACUUGCAUCCAUUCCUCUUGAUAAUGAGGGGAAAGUGAACUUAAAAGAUUGCCUGACUCAGUUAAUGAAAAUACCAUAUUUUACACAAGUUUCAAAAAAAAAUGACCUCUUAAAAGCUCUGACUGCCAUUAGGAAAAAUAAGGUCACUCCUGAUGACAUAGGCUCUAUGAUGAAAAGUAUAGGAGUUUCAUUACCCCAAGACAUGAUUCAGAGAUCCCUGGAGAAUGUGGCUAUCACGGGCAGUGGGGUUGAUGACAGCACACUAGACACGUUUUUAGGAAACAUGAAGAUGGAGAUGUCAGCUGAUAAAAAAGUGAACAAGAAGAAUGGGAUAAAAGAUAGGAGGUCAUCUAUUGCUGAUGGAAGAGUUGAACCUAAUAAACUAAUGAAUAAAGCUAAAGCUGUUACAGGAGAGACAGUAGCUGUCAGAGACCUGGACAAGAUACUAGGGAACAUGGGCUUUGAAGACACCAAAGGAGAUUUCAGAGAGAUUAAAAGAAAACUUCCGGUUUAUGCUAAAGGGAAGACUGGUCUAAAAACAUCGAUGGAUUCAGUACAAAUUACAGAGUUGCGAGAUGAUGACCAUGACCUUGAUUCUGUUCUUGAAAACACGGCAAUCAUUCAUACAGCUGAGGAACUCAAUGAUAUUACUCCAGAUAUACCAGUUGAUGGAGAGGUUGAUGUCAAUGACAUGAGGAAAGUUCCCAGAAACAUGGGGAUAAAAUUCAAAGAUAAGAAACACGAGGAGUUGGUGAACAGUCUGCCAGUGGAUGGUGGGAAGGUUCAUGUGAAUAAUUUGGACAGCAUUCUGGGGGAAAUGAGGAUUAAGCUUCCAGAAAAGGAACAGAAAAAACAGACAGGAAACCUGCUACUUAAUGGAGAGAUUAUUGAUGUCGACAAAGUGGAUACCCCUUUGCAGUAUAUGGGGAUGAAGCUUUCAGGAGAGGAAACUGAUGGUCUGACACAUGAUCUACCAGUGGAUGGAAAAAAGGUUCAGGUCAGUGACCUGGAGAAAGUUCUGGGAAGCAUGGGGAUCAAGCUCACAGAGAAGGAGCUUAAAAAGCUACAGGAAACUCUGACAGUUGAUGCUGCUGGAAACGUAUUUCAGAAUGCAAUAUUGGAGGGUGUGAAAUCCACUAAGGGAGGAGGAGUUAAGGUGAAUAAUUUGGACACUGUCCUGGAAAACUUGGGAAUCAAGCUCACACAAAAUGAACAUGAAGGUGUAACAGAAAAUCUACCAUUUAAUGGAGGUGAAGUUAAUGUCAGUGAUAUCCCAAGUCUUCUGGAAAAAAUGGGGAUAGAGCUCACAGAUAAGGGGUACUCAAAACUAAAGAAAUAUCUGCCAGUGGAUGGAGGGAUUGUUGAUGUUGCUCAACUAGACACUGCUUUGAAAAACAUGGGAAUGAGUCUCACAGGAAUGGGCAGUAGCGAUUUGAUAAAGAACCUGCCUGUUGAUGAUGAGAAGGCUGAUUCUAAUGACCUGAAAAAUUUCCUGGGAAGCAUGGGGAUUGAGCUCACAGAUCAGGAAGAAGCAGAGCUGCUGAAAACCCUGCCAGUUGAUGCUGCUGGAAAGGUACAUCCCAAUAGGUUACUGAAGGGGGUGAAGUCCCUCAAUGGGGGAAAGGUUCAUGUCAAUAACCUGGACAAUGCUCUUAAAAAAUUGGGACUUGAGCUCACGGAAGAGGAACUUACAAAGCUGUCAAAAAAUCUACAAGUUGAUGCUAAUGGGAUGGUUGGUCUGAAAGAAGUCAUGGAUGGAGUAAAAGCUACUACAGGAGGGGAGGUUCAUGUCAAAGAUGUGAAAGCUAGUCCGAAAAACAUGGGAAUAGAGUUCACAGAUAAGGAACAUUUGAAGCUGCUGAAAAAUCUGCCUUUCAAUGAUGAUAACAAGGUCUUUAAGAACAGGUUGCUAGAUGGUGCGAAGUCCCUUAAAGCUGGGAAGGUUGAUAUGAACAACCUGAGCACCAUUCUGAACAACCUGGGGAUCAAACUUGCAGAUACAGAACUUAAAGAUCUGGCUGAAAACAUGCAUGUUGGUGUUGAUGAGAAAAUUCCCUUAGAAACACUGAUGGAAAACAUCACAGAUUUUACAGGUGAAAAGAUUGAGUCUAGUGAUCUAAAAAAUGUUCUGGAAAAUCUCGGAAUUGAGCUGAGAGAUGAGGAACUAGAGAAGCUGCUGAGAACAUUGCCAGUUGAUGCCAACGGAAAGUUCUAUCAUAAUAGAUUACUGAAGGCAUUGAAGUCUCUCAAAAAUGGGAAGAUUAAAAAGAAUAACCUCCAUACUAGUUUGGGAAAUAUGGGAAUGGAGCUCACAGAAGAGGAACUUGCUGAAUUGUCAGAAAACCUACAAGUUGAUGCAAACGGGUAUGUUGAUCUGCAUAAUGUGAUGGAAGGAAUCAAAGCCAUUACAGGGAAGGUUGACAUCAAAAACCUGGAAACCGUUCUAAGCAACAUGGGAAUCCAGCUCACAGACCGAGAACUUGAAGACCUGAAAGGAAACCUGCCAGUCAGUGUUGAUAAUAAAGUCACUCUGAAAAAUUUAAAGGAUGAACUGAAAGCUUUUACAGGAGAAAAGGUUGAUUCCAGUGACCUACAAAAUAUUCUAAAAGACCUGGGGAUUGAGGUCACAGACAAGGAGCACAGGCGACUGCUGAAAACACUGCCCCUUGAUGCCAAUGGAAAGGUGUUUCAAAACAGGUUGCUGAAAGAUGUGAAGUAUAAUAAAAGAGGGAAGGUUGAUGUAAAUAACCUGGACCCUGUUUUAGAGGCCAUGGACAUGAGGCUUACAGAAAAGGAACUCAGUCUGUUAAAGGAUCUUCUGGGUGCCUCUAAGAAAGUUGAUCUGAAAACACUGAUGGAUAACGUAGAAGCUAUUACAGGAGAGGAAAUUGAUGUCAAUGACAUGGAAACAGUUCUAGGAAACAUGGGAAUAGAACUCACAGAUAAAGAACUCUCACAGCUGGUGAAAAAUCUUCAAGUUGAUAAUGGAAAGAUCUAUCAGAGAAGGUUGCUGGAUGGUAUAAAGUUUCUUAAAGGAGGGAAGAUUGAUUCCAGUAAAGUGGAUGAAGUUUUGAGAAAUAUGGGCAUGGACCUCACUGAAAAUGAGCUUAAAGAUGUAAUGCAAAAUCUGCCAGUUAACGUUAAAGGUAAAGUUGACCUGGAAAAGCUUAUGAAUGAAGUGAAAUCUUUUACGGGAGACAAAGUUGAUGCCAAUAGACUUGAAAGUGUUUUAAAAGACUUGGGGGUUGAGCUCACACCUAAUGAACAUUUGAACUUGCUGAAGACACUGCCUCUUGAUGCUCAUGAAAAAGUGUACAAGAAAAGGUUGAUGAAGGGCAUAAAGUCUCUCAAACGAGGCAGUGUUGAUGUCAAGAAGCUGGACACUCUUUUAGAAAACAUGGGAAUCAGCAUCACAGAAGAAGAAUUCAUGGAUCUGAUAGAAAGAUUGCCAGAUGAUGAUCAAGGGAAGGUCCAACUAAACACAUUGAUGGAAGAAUUGAGUUCUAGUUUAGGAAAGCAAGUUGAUAUCAGUGACAUGGACAGUGCUCUGAAAGAAAUGAACGUUGAGGUCACAGAUAAGGAAUGCUUUAAUUUAGUAAAAAAUCUACCAGUUGAUGCUGAGGGAAAGGUGUAUCAAAAAAGGUUGCUGGAAGGUGUGAAGGCUCUUAAAAGAGGAAAGGUGGCUAUGAAUAACCUCGUCCCAUUUCUGGGAUAUAUGGGGAUUAAGCUAUCACAUGAAGAACUUGAAGAUUUUUCACAAAACCUGCCAGUUGAUGGUGAUGGGAAGGUUUAUCUGAAAGAUGUGACAAUGAAAAUGAAAGACUUCACAGGAGAAAAGAUUGAUGCCAGAGAUCUGAAAAACAUUCUUGGAGACAAGGGGAUAGAAGUCAGUGAUAAGGAAUGUCUGGAACUACAAAAAUUACUACCUGCUGACGAUGAUAAGAAAAUUUUUCAGAAUAGAUUGCUGUCAGCUUUGAAGUCUUUCAAAGGAGGAAAGAUUGAUGCCAAUAGCCUGAACACAGUUCUGGGGAGCAUGGGGAUCAAACUCAAAAAUAAGGAACUUAAAAAUGUUAUACAAAACCAACCUCUUGAUGCUGAUGGAAAUGUUUCUCUGAAAAAAGUGAUGAGUGAUGUGAAAGCAGUUACAGGAGAAAGAGUUAAUGUCAAAGAUCUGAAAAAUAUGCUGGAAGACAUUGGGAUAGAAUUCACACCUAAAGAAUACCUGGAACUGGUGAAAAAUCUUCAAGUUGAUGAUGAUGGAAACAUAUAUGAAAAUAGAUUGCUAGAUUGCUUGAAAUCGUUCAACAGUGGGAAAGUUGAUGUCAGUGACCUGGAAAACAUUUUAGAAAAAAUGAAAAUCAAGUUCCCAGAAAACAAACUUAAAGAUUUAUCACAAAACCUACCAACUGAUGCUUCUGGGAUGGCUGAUCUGCAUAAACUGCUAAAAGAAAUAAAAAAAUUCACAGGAGGAAAAGUUGACGCCAAGGAUUUACACAAAGUACUGGGAGACAUGGGAAUAGAGCUCACAGAUGGAGAGCUCGGGCAGCUGUUGAAAACGUUGCCAAUUACUGGUAGGUAG